AUGAGCCUGCAGGCCCUAGAAAAAGGACAGAGGCAGACGUCAUGGCGCACCGAGGGGAGAACUGAGGCAGAACUCCUGAAUCAAAAGGAGCUGAAGAAGAAGGCGAAGAAGGAGGGCUGCCAUGCGCUGGCAGGGUCUCGACAAAGGCGAGGCAGCAGAACGUCCUGGGCGCCCAAGGGGAAUGCGGAGCACAUCCUGAAUCAGAAGGUGAAGAGGGGAGGCUGUCAUGAGCUGCAGGCCCUAGAAAAGGGCGAGGCAGAACGUCCUGGGCGCCGAGAGGGAGAACUGAGUCAGAACAUCCUGAAUCAGAAGAAAUUCAUUUAUAGUGCUCUGAAAGUGUAUGAUACAGAUGUGGAGGGAGCAGAUUUCCACAAUGCUCCAGAGGAAGUGCGGAGAAUCAUAAACCUUUGGGCUAAGGUCCAGACACAUGGUAAAAUCAAGGAUCUCUUCCCCAAGGACAGCUUUGAUUGUCUUGCCCAGUUGCUGCAAGUGAAUGCUCUCUACUUCAGCGGAAAAUGGCAAGUGAAAUUUGACAAAGAGCUUACAGUAGAAGCUCCAUUCUAUCCACAUUAUGCAGCUAAGAAUGACUCCCAGACUGUGCAGCUGAUGAACAGAAAAGGUGUUUACAACACAGCCAUUUUUGAUAUUGGGGACACAGAAGUGCAGGUGCUUGAAAUCCCCUACAAUGACAAUGAACUAAGCUUGGUUGUACUGCUCCCAACAGACUGCAGCCCAGAAGCUCUUGAACAGCUGGAAGAUUCUCUGACACAUGAGCAUCUGCUUGACUGGUCUUCUCAUCUGAAGCCUGCAGAAGUGGAUGUCUUCAUUCCCAAAUUCAACUCAGAGAGGAGCAUAUAUCUCAAUGAAUACCUGGAUCUGCACGAUCUUUCUGAUCCUGAAAAGGCUGAUUUCUCUCAAGCAACAGCCACAGAAGGAGUGACCCUAACUCAGCUAGUCCAUGAUGUUUUCUUUGAGAUCAAUGAAGAAGGUGGUGAAGAAGUGGAGGCCCCACAGCCCCGGAAUAGGCGCCCACGUCAGGAGGCCCUGAAGUUUGUGGCUGACCAUCCCUUCCUAUAUUUUGUCUACCACAACUGCACCCAGAGCUUUGUUGUCUUUGGCAAGUUUGCUGAACCAGAAUAAAUGGACUCUCGUGAUCCAGGCUAUGAAAUCAAUGGAAGAUGAAUAUGGAAAACCCUUUUUUUAGAAGAUGUCAGUCUUCUGCAUCUUCUUUCUCUUUGCCUUGCUCUCUGGAGUGUCCAUCAUUACUGAGAUAUAGGUCAAAGAAACUUGGUGGUGGUCCUAAUUCUCACAAUGGGACAAGGAUGCUUUAAAGACUUGAUGCUCUGCCUUUCUGCCAUUUCCUUCUGUGACUACUUUUAUCUCUUCAGCUUUUUAAAGGAUACCCUCCCCCUGACCUCUGUAAAUGGUACCAGCUCUUGAGAUCCUGAUUUUUCACAUGGCUGCUCACUAUAUUUAAAAGUCUACUACCGGGGUGGGAGAGAGCUUCUUCGGUGUACUUUUCCCUGCUACUGUAACAUCGUCUUGGGUGAACAGUCACUUCUCACUUACGUUGGCCUGUUAAAGAGGAAAUGUUUUCUUUUGUGAUAAGGUGUGAGGAAAUAAAAUGCAACAGAAUAUGAAA